AUGAAUACUGAUAUGGGAGGCUUAGGUGGCAGGCCGACAAAUCCACAAGCAAAUCCUUUUGGAACUGCCUUGCAUGGUGCUGGACCAGGACUGAUCCGUACUGGGCUAGAAGCAUAUGGGGGGAGGUUUUUAGAUUCAAGUUCUGAGUUUAUGCAGAGCAAUAUAACACAAUAUUUGUCUGACCCUCAGUACUACUUUCAAGUCAACAGCCAGUAUGUGAGGAACAAACUGAAGGUCAUCUUGUUCCCUUUCUUGCACAGGGGUCACUGGACAAGAAUAACUGAACCAGUAGGAGGAAGGCUGUCCUACAAACCUCCAGUCCAGGAUAUCAAUGCACCGGACUUGUACAUCCCUUUGAUGGCAUUUGGCACCUACAUUGUAGUUGCUGGGUAUGCCUUGGGUGUUCUUGGAAGGUUUACCCCUGAGGCACUGACCCUACAGUUUUCUAAAGGGAUACUUGGCUGGUUUCUGCAAGUCAUCCUCAUCAAAGGUCUGCUGUACUCCCUGGGCAGCGGUGAAGCUCCAUUGCUGGACAUUGUGGCAUAUGCUGGAUAUGGUUUCGCUGGCACUUCCCUUGCAAUGCUGGCCCGCAUCUUCUGGAACUAUCUGUAUUACUUCAUCAUGCCAUGGUUCUGCAUCUGCACGGGAGUCUUCCUUGUGAAGACCAUGAAGAGGGUACUUCUGGGCGGACCAAGGAGCUAUGAGAGACACCCCAGCCGGAACCACUACUUCCUGCUCUUCUUGGCGGUUGUGCAAUUCCCUAUGCUGUUCUGGCUCGGCAACAUCAGUGGCUGA